AUAAAAAUCUUUCGUGUUCAAGCCUUCAAGCGGGUUCAGGUCUCGAUGUUAUUCAGUAAUUUUUUAAUACAUUUUAAGUUAUCCUUUUAACCCGGUGUUCCCUGUAUAUGGGUUGAGGUGCGAGCUAAAAACCGACGUUUUUGUUAGGUCGAUAUUCUUCCUCUCGUGUGUUGAUCUGGGAACCAUGGAGAAGCUGACCGGGUGUUGGCUGCUGAUGGCGGCGCUGAACUUCGCUCUAGCCCGGGACAUCCCGACAUACUUCAGGGAUGGCGGGGUGCUAACGAUGGACGUGGGGUCUACUUCUUCUGAACGUCUCUACAACAUCCUGUGGAAGAUUAACGGUGACCUGUUGGCUGAGUGGAUCAAAGAUCAAGUCACAGGUGAAGAUUUAGUACCUUUGACUUAUUACAGAUCCUUUAGAGGACGCACAACCCUGGAUGUAACCACUGGACGUUUGGUAAUCAACAACAUGGCUAAAGCUGACAUGGGGGUGUAUUCAGUGGAAGUCAACAACAAGGUCCAGAAUGAGAAAUAUAACGCUGUAUUGAUCAAAGUAGUCCCCCAGCCUGCGGUAUGGAUCAGACCGUUGACAUGUUCCCCCGCUUCGGACAAUUGUACGCUGAUCUGUGACGGGAACAUCAAAGACGCUGGACCGGUCACCUACAGCUGGAAGAUGGGAGACGGAGAGUGGAAGGAGUCGGUAAAGGACUUGGACAUCACCAAGAGUGGGACAUCAGAUGUGAAGACCUUCACCUGCCGGAUACAGAACCCAGUCAGCGUGAGAGACAGUGAACCCAAACAUAAUCCGCUUUUAAAGGAGGCAGCAGAAAGCUCAGCAGUUGGGUGGAUUGUGGCUGGCGUCAUUGUGACCGUGGUUGGGGCUGGGGUUGCGGCUGCGUUAUGGGGUUUAAAGAAAGGCCCCUUCAAGACCCAAGGCUAAUGCUACAGGUCUGUGACACCACCGUGGGACACACUUUCUCCUUCACACACCACCUUGUCUGUUCCACAUUGUUGCAGGGGGACAUCUUUGAGGAGUACAAGGACACCUUUCCUGAAGAUGAAUCGAGCAGCACCAUGAAAGCAUACCCGAUGCUCAGUGGAAGCAAGCUGAAGACAGUGCUCACGUAUUUCAUGACGUUGUGGUAAUAUCUGAAAUUCUACCAUGGACUCUGUUACUUUUUUUGUGUUGAAAAAAUGCCUUGGUUACCUUGUUUCAAUCCAUUCUAGCG